AAACCAAUUCCAUCUCUCUCUUUCUCUCUCUCUCCCCGAUCCAUCUUGUCCAACUCCUCGAUCGGCCGUUCAUAUGUUUAUGCGUUAGCAAACCAAUUCCCAUUCCAUUACUCCGGCGGCGGCCGCACCACCGCCAAAAACCAAUGCAGAUGACGGCGGAUCAGGAAUCGGCGGCCAAGGCGACGGAGGACGACACGAUGAGCGGCCGGCGGCGGGUGGACGACGACCACGACCACGACGUCGUCUUCGACGCCGGGAAACCGCCGCCGUUCCGCAUCGGCGACGUGCGGGCGGCGGUGCCGGAGCACUGCUGGCGCAAGAACCCCUGGCGGUCGCUGUGGUACGUGGCGCGGGACGUGGCGGUGGUGGCGGCGCUGGGCGCGGCGGCGGCGGGCAUGGACAGUUGGGCGGUGUGGCCGCUGUACUGGGCGGCGCAGGGGACCAUGUUCUGGGCGCUCUUCGUGCUGGGACACGACUGUGGCCAUGGCAGCUUCUCGGACAGCGCGACGCUCAACAGCGUCGUGGGCCAUCUCCUUCACUCCUUCAUCCUCGUCCCUUACCAUGGAUGGAGGAUCAGCCACAGAACACACCAUCAGAACCACGGCCACAUCCACAGGGACGAGUCAUGGCACCCGAUCACGGAGAAGCUGUACCGGCAACUAGAGCCACGCACCAAGAAGCUGAGAUUCACGGUGCCCUUCCCGCUGCUCGCAUUCCCCGUCUACCUCUUGUACAGGAGCCCCGGCAAGUCGGGCUCCCACUUCCUUCCCAGCAGCGACCUGUUCAGCCCCAAGGAGAAGAGCGACGUCAUGGUGUCAACCACCUGCUGGUGCAUCAUGCUCGCCUCCCUCCUCGCCAUGGCGUGCGCGUUCGGCCCACUCCAGGUGCUCAAGAUGUACGGCAUCCCAUACCUGGUGUUCGUGAUGUGGCUUGACCUGGUGACGUACCUGCACCACCAUGGGCACCAUCAGCUUCCUCUCCCCUGGUACCGCGGCCAGGAGUGGAGCUACCUGCGCGGCGGCCUCACCACGGUGGACAGGGACUACGGCUGGAUCAACAACGUCCACCACGACAUCGGCACCCACGUCAUUCAUCACCUCUUCCCGCAGAUCCCGCACUACCAUCUCGUCGAAGCUACCAAGGCAGCCAAGCCGGUGCUGGGGCGAUACUACCGGGAGCCGCACAAGUCAGGGCCGCUUCCACUUCACCUCCUCGUCGUGCUCCUCAGGAGCCUCAGAGUCGACCACUUCGUCAGCGACCACGGGGAUGUCGUCUACUACCAAACCGACCAUGACUUGAACACUAGCAGUGCUCAUCGCUGGGCCAACCAAAACCACCAUAAGCAAAAAUAAUGGUUUCUCAAACACAGAGACGGCCUGAUGGUUGCUGUUGUUAUUGCUCCAAGGACUCACAGUACAAUAUAUAGGCAUGCGUAUGAGAAAGCCAAAUAAUUAAAGAGAAGGGAGGGAUCCUCUAGCUGAAGCAAUCAAUUAAUUACAGUAUCCCACUAGAUCGAGUUUGCUAAGCAUUACUCCUACUAUAUACAAUAUGUACUGUUGCUUGUAUUAAUUAGCUAGAUGUUGUGUUGGAGCCUUGGAUGAUGAAACUAAAGGAUGAGCCACUGAAAUUUGUACCA